CUGCGCACGCAGCGCACUUCCUGUAUAAGCUUAGCGCUGAAUCCUUUGGUUGGAUCAUGUCCAGCAGUUCGGCAGAUUAUAACAGCUCCAGAGACCGAGACCAUGAAGGCCCUGAGGGAAUGGAGCCUGAUGGUAUCAUCGAGAGCAACUGGAACGAGAUUACAGACAAUUUCGAUGACAUGAACUUGAAGGAGACGCUCCUUCGUGGUAUUUACGCGUACGGUUUUGAGAAACCGUCAGCUAUUCAGCAGAGGGCAAUCAUUCCAUGCAUUAAAGGUUAUGACGUUAUUGCUCAGGCUCAGUCAGGCACUGGCAAGACAGCCACGUUCGCUAUCUCCAUCCUGCAGCAGCUGGAUCUGGAGCUGAAGGAGACCCAGGCCAUGGUGCUGGCUCCUACCAGAGAGCUGGCCCAACAGAUCCAGAAAGUCAUCCUGGCACUCGGUGACUACAUGGGUGCCACAUGCCACGCUUGCAUCGGGGGCACGAACGUGCGAAACGAGAUGCAGAAACUCCAAGCCGAGGCGUACCACAUAGUGGUCGGGACACCGGGUCGCGUGUUCGACAUGUUGAACAGGAGGUUUCUGUCUCCAAAAUGGAUCAAGAUGUUUGUUCUGGACGAAGCCGAUGAAAUGCUGAGUCGAGGAUUUAAGGAUCAGAUCUAUGAAAUUUUCCAGAAGCUAAGCACCAACAUUCAGGUCGUGCUCCUCUCUGCCACGAUGCCCAGUGAGGUUUUGGAAGUAACCAAAAAGUUUAUGCGGGACCCCAUUCGCAUCCUUGUGAAAAAGGAGGAGCUUACUCUGGAGGGUAUUAAGCAGUUCUACAUCAACGUGGAAAGAGAGGAGUGGAAGUUGGACACGCUGUGUGACCUUUAUGAGACUCUGACUAUCACCCAGGCCGUGAUCUUCCUGAACACCAGGAGGAAGGUGGACUGGCUGACCGAGAAGAUGCACGCUCGGGACUUCACCGUCUCUGCUUUGCAUGGAGACAUGGACCAGAAGGAACGCGAUGUGAUCAUGAGGGAGUUCCGGUCCGGAUCCAGUAGGGUCCUGAUCACUACAGAUUUGCUGGCUCGCGGCAUUGACGUGCAGCAAGUGUCCCUAGUCAUUAACUACGAUCUGCCCACCAACCGAGACAGCUACAUCCACAGAAUCGGACGAGGCGGUCGUUUCGGCAGGAAGGGCGUGGCUAUUAACUUUGUCACCGAGGAGGACAAGAGGAUUCUUCGUGACAUUGAGACUUUUUACAACACUACAGUCGAGGAGAUGCCCAUGAACGUAGCUGAUCUGAUUUAAAUAGCCGAGCCGGCCGCUUGUAACGCAGCGCUUGCUGUUGUUUCGAUAAAACAGAGGCGCAUCGUCAUAAUUUGAUCAGAAACCAUAUCUGGGUUGUGUGUUCUGACUGCGGGGGAAAGCGAGAGAGCUCAGAGUCUACUCGUUUAUGACAGGACUAUACCAACUUGGGUGCUUUCAAAUUAUUCCUUUAUAGGUACUUUUCCUAGUAUACAUACGCUGUGUGUAUUAGACACUCAUUAUCAUUUCACAGUACAGUAUACCUGUGGACUAAAAGGUAUAUGUGAUCCACACGACCAACUACGCAUAAUUAUCAUAACCUCUACAGUUAUUGUAGCACAAGGGUCAGGUUUCCUGAUCUUUCUAAAAUGUAUCUGCACUUUAUCUUAGAUCAUUUUAUGCUUGUAUUAAGGAUGAAAAAGAAUAUUUAUAACUGUAUGUGGUACAGGUUUUCUGAGCCGUUGUUUAGUAAUAAUUAUAAUAAUAAUAAUAAUAAUAAUAGCACUUUGUGAAUCUGAUAUAAAUAAAAUGUAUUUAAGCACUCUGGAAAAUAAAAAUGUUUGCUGGUGAGUUU